AUGCAUGCUGUUCCCAAGGCCCUUACGCUGGAAGAAAUCAAAGAAGCCACAAAAGCUGAUACCACAGUUCAAGUUGUCAUUCAAGCAAUUCAAACCAAACAGUGGCAUAAUGCGAAACUCCAACCUCGUGUUGAUCGCAAGUCGGUAGAAUGUUUUUUUCACAUCCAAAACGAACUGUCAGUUAACAGUGAUCAAAGUCUCCUCCUACGUGGUACCCGUAUAGUCAUACCAAGUAAACUUCAAAACCAUGUGAUAGACCUCGCACACGGAGGCCAUCAAGGCAUAUCACGGACAAAACAACUCUUACGUGAGAAGGUCUGGUUUCCGACCAUUGAUAAACAAGUGGAAGAAAAGGUUAGCUGCUGCUUAGCUUGCCAAGUCACAACAAACACAAGCAACAUUGAACCAUUACGUAUGCCUGAAGCUAGCAAGAAUCCAUGGGAAAGUGUAUCAAUUGAUUUUUGCGGCCCGUUUCCCAGUGGUGAGUACUUACUUGUACUGAUUGAUGACUACUCACGAUACCCCGAAGUAGAUAUUAUUAGAACAGUAGCCCAUACAACUGUUAUUCCCUGUCUUGACAAAAUCUUUGCUACUCACGGAAUUCCCGGAACAGUUAAAUCGGACAAUGGCGCCCCAUUUAAUAGUACAGAAUUCAAACAGUUUGCUAAUUAUCUUGGUUUCCAACAUCAGCGUAUAACGCCCUAUUGGCCUCAGGCAAACGGAGAAGCCGAACGAUUUAUGAGAACAUUAAAGAAAACAGCUAGAACUGCCAAAGUUGAAGGCAGGUCUUGGAAACAAAACUUGUUUACCUUCCUCAGAAACUACCGAGCUACGCCCCAUAGUGUAACCCAUCAGGCUCCUGCAACCUUGCUAUUCAAUCGUGCCAUAAAUGUCAAGUUACCCCAGUCACAAACUGUAGCACCAGCUGACCCAAACCAUCAACAAGCACUUGAUGCAUCGUGUAAGUCAAGACAAAAGAACAAGGUCUACUUUGACGAACGAAACAAAGCCAAAUCCUCUGAAUUCAAAGUCGGUGAUGCAGUCCUGCUGAGAAACUCAAAGAAAGGUAAAUUGCAGACCCCUUAUGAACAUCAGAAAUACCAAAUUGUUAAGAAGAAAGUUAGAAAGGAUCAAUGAUUACAGCGUCAAAUGACAAUCGCCAAGUCACUCGGAACUCGUCACAUUUUAAAAAGUUUAAAGAAAAGAAAGGUGAAACAGAUAACCCAGCAGAUAAAGAAGAACAGCCGAGCAAGCAGAACACCAAUGAACGCCCGAAAAGGAAAACAAAACCACCAGCCUACUUUGGCUAUAAACAGUCAGAUAAGUAA